AUGGCCGGUGCCAAAGGGGCUCAGGGCGCGCAAGGUGAAUGUGGUGACCCAGGACCUCGGGGCGAAAACCUCACUCUCGCGGCAAACGCCUCGAAGGAAGAAGAAGGAAGGGAACCGCCUCUGGAGUCCAUGGUGGGCGUCACCCGCGCCAUGUUGUUGCAGCUGGUCCUGUUCAAUGUCGUCUGCCUUGGCUUUAUCUAUGUCAGCCUCAAAAAGCGGAUCACUUUGGUGGAGCAGGUGAAGGCAGCCAUCGACCAGGUAGUGGACGAGUCUUACCUGUCCAUGAGCUUCACCAUUGUCAACGUGUCCUAUCCCGAUGUGGAAGCAUCCGGGAGUGCACAGGACUUUGAGAAUCUCGUGCUUGAUGUCUUGGCUCGCGCGGCGGUGGCAGGCGGUGCUGCAGGAAUCACGUCGGAAAACGCUGCCGUUGCCAUGGGCGAAGGUGAGGGUGACA